CAGCCAGGGAGGGGUCCUUUCAUCCCGGGGCUGCCUCUUCCUCCUCCUCCUCCUCCUCCUCCUCCUGGAUGCAGCCCGGCUGCGUGCGCGCAGCCAUGGCCAUGGGAGACGUCUCGAAAAAAGCGUCGGCUCGUAACGUGGCGGUGGAGAGGAAGAACCUCCUCACUGUCUGCAGGUUUUCAGUGAAAACGCUGCUGGAGAAAUACACAGCCGAGCCCAUCGAUGACUCAUCAGAGGAGUUCAUCAAUUUCUCAGCCAUUCUUGAGCACAUUCUCAGCCACCGGUUCAAAGGCUCCACCAGCUGGUUCGACGGUCAGAGGAGCUACUGGGACUACAUCCGUCUGGCCUGCGGCAAGGUGCCCAACAGCUGCAUCAGCAGCAUCGAGAGCAUGGAGAACAUCAGCACCUCCCGAGCCAAGGGCCGAGCCUGGAUGAGGGUGGCCCUGAUGGAGAAGAGGCUGUCCGAAUACAUCGCCACCGCACUGAGGGACAGCAGGACGACCAGGAGGUUCUAUGCAGAAGGAGCCAUCAUGCUGAGGGAAGAAGCCACAGUGCUGACAGGGAUGCUCAUAGGACUCGGAGCCAUUGACUUCAGUUUCUGCCUUAAAGGAGAAGCUCUGGACGGAAAAUCUUCGUCAGUGAUUGACUACACUCCAUACUUGAAAUUCACACAAAGUUACGACUACAUGAGCGACGACGACGACCGACGGAGCGUGGACAGCAGCGCCAGCGACGAUAGCCUCCCCGAGCACCCCUACAUCCCGCUGGUGACCGACGACGAGAGCUGGAGCACCAAGUGCCGCAAGAUGGAGCAGAGGUUCAAGAUCGUCAACGCGCAGAAGGGUUACCUGGAGGAGCUGGUCCGCCUGCGCGAGUCUCAGCUGAAGAACACGGAGACGGAGAACAAGCGGCUGAAGGCCCGGCUGGACGAGCUGCAGAGCCAGAGCCAGCACGAGAAGAAGGAGCUGGAGGCCGUCGUCCUCGAGCUCCAGGAGCAGUUGACAAGCUUGAUUCCAUGUGACUCCAACCACCUGGCCAAAAACCUCUCCAUCCCCCUGGUCAACCAGUGGCCGGCGCUCGAGCCGUACAGCAGCCAAGAGGACCUGAAGCUGUUCCGCAGGAGGAGUUUUCCGAGCACGGAGCUGCUGUCGGUGGACGUCAGCUAUUCAGAGUCUCACAGGACGGAAGGAAAGCAGAACGGAGGCGCCUGGUGUUCAGAAAAGGACUAUACCCCCUCUAUGAUGGGCCUGUGUGGGUCGCUGGCCUCCCUCCCGAGCUGCAAAUCUCUGGCUAGCCUGAAGUCAAGCGAGUGCCUGGUCAACAUCAGCACAGAGAACAGUCCUGCCCUCUCUCCCAGCUAG